GAGCAAAUUGAUGCAGCAAUCUGCGUCCACGACUAGCUGUAAAUUACAAUGGACGAUCAUCCUCCAGUAAAGCUCCUUGUGUUUCAAUACGCCACUUCCCUUUUGUUUUUGCUCUUCCACCUGUGCCUCGCAGCCGACAGAGUCACUCCCGACCAACCGCUCCUCAGCAACCAAACCAUCGUCUCCGCCGGCGGCAUCUUCGAACUGGGUUUCUUCUCUCCGGGCAACUCCACCAACUCCUACUUAGGGAUUUGGUACAGCAAAAUCCCCUUGCAAACUGUAGUCUGGGUCGCAAACAGAAACACUCCCAUCCCCGACCGAUCUUCAUCGGCGCUAACCAUCUCCAACGGCACCCUGCUUCUCUUCAGAGAAUCCGGUGUCCCAAUUUGGGCAGCGAGUGUUAGCAGCAGCUCAUCGGAAUCGCCACCAUCUCUUGAAGCUGUACUCCACGAUAACGGCAACUUCGUGUUAAUUGAUUCUUCUUCUUCUUCGCCGCCGCCGCUUUGGCAAAGCUUCGACUAUCCAACGGACACGCUUCUUCCGGGGGCCAAGCUCGGGAGGAACAAGCUCACCAACGAAUUCACGAGCCUGGCGUCGUGGAACAACGCUUCAGAUCCAGCUCCUGGCGCCUAUUCUUUGCAAUUGGACCCCAAAUGUACUAUUCAGUUCGUAACUCUCUACAAAAACCUAACCUCAGCCACCACGAUUCCGGGGGCAGAAUUGAUGAACAACAAUUCCUAUACGGAGAACGACAGGGAGCUGUAUUUCACCUUCAACGGUUCAUCAUCAUCAGGCGGCGCCAAAUCUCGCAUCCUCUUGGGCAGUAAGGGAAUUGUACAGGGAUUUUCCUGGGUUGAUUCUACCAGCAAAUGGUCCUUAAUUUGGCAGGAGCCGCGGGACCAAUGCCGAGUAUUCGCCUUUUGCGGCGCAUUCGGGAGCUGCGACAUUGCUUCCUCGCCGCCCUGUAGUUGUUUGACAGGGUUCGUACCGAAAUCGCCACAAGCAUGGAGCCUGCGAGAUUAUUCUGAUGGAUGUGUGAGGAAAUUUCCUCUGGGUUGUGAGACUUCUGGAGGUGAUAAGAAAAAGGACCGGUUUGUUGAAGGGUAUGAAUUGCCUGAUAAAGGCGGCCAGUUGACUGUUGGGGGUUCCAGUUAUUCAGUUGGUAGUGCUCAGCAGUGUGAAUCCAUUUGCUCAUAUAGCUGUUCUUGUACUGCUUAUGCUUAUCAGGCAAAUGUGUGUUCGAUUUGGUCAGGGGAGCUUUUCAAUCUUCUGAAGCUGCAGAACGAUCGCUACAGCCAGCCUGUUUACACAAGGCUUGCUGCUCUUGAGAAUGAGACUCUUGGUUCCGGAAGCAAUCUGAAGAGAAAAUUACUUAUUGGAUUUGGUGCUGCUGUGGGAAGCAUUGCUAUUCUCGUUAUCGUCGUGGCUUUGGUUUCUAUUACUAGAAGAAACAGAAGAAAGCGGAAAGCUGCCAAGAAUUACAUGGCUGAGAUUGAGAAGAACAAGUAUGGAAUAGGGGGAGGGGAUGGGCAGAAUAAUGACACACAGCUCAGCUUUUCCAGUCUCAAGGAUGUAUUGGUUGCUACUGAUAACUUCUCAGAAGCUAACAAGUUAGGAGAAGGUGGAUUUGGGCCUGUCUACAAGGGGAAGUUGAGUGGUGAUCAAGAGGUAGCAAUGAAAAGGCUUUCCAAGAAAUCAGGACAAGGUUUAGAGGAGUUCAUGAAUGUGUUGUGUGCGAUGGGUUUCAAGAGGGAUUUGGGACUCUGUUUUAAUGAGUUGGCCAAAUUGCAGCAUACCUAUCUGGUUAGGCUCCUGGGCUGCUGUGUUGAAAGAGAUGAGAAGAUAUUGAUUUACGAGUACAUGCCCAAUAGGAGCUUGGACAAGUUCCUCUUUGGUUCAUCUGAAAAGGCAAAGCUGGAUUGGGCAGUACGCGUAAAGAUUGCAGAGGGUGUAGCUCAAGGACUACUAUACAUCCAUAAGUAUUCAAGGUUGAAGGUCAUUCACAGAGAUCUGAAGGCAAGCAAUGUUCUGCUUGAUGCAGCAAUGAAUCCCAAGAUUUCAGACUUUGGAAUGGCAAGGAUUUUCGGUAUUGAUCAGGCUGAAGCAAACACCAACCGUAUAGUUGGAACGUAUGGUUAUAUGUCUCCGGAAUAUGCAUUCUAUGGCCAAUUCUCUGAGAAAUCAGACGUCUUCAGCUAUGGGGUGUUGCUGUUGGAGAUAGUGAGCGGAAGGAGGAACACAGACUUCUAUGAUCCUGAAAUCCCAUUCUCACUUGUCUGUUGGGCAUGGGAGCUAUGGAAAGAAGGGAAACCAGAAGGGCUGAUUGAUCCGGCAGUGAAGGAUACCUGCGUUAAUCAUGUAGAAGCCGUGAAGUUCAUCCAUGUGGGUCUUUUGUGCGUGCAAGAAGUUCCAGGUGACAGGCCAACCAUGUCUUCAGUAGCUCAGAUGUUGUCGAGCAGCGAUUCUCAGUCGUUUCCAUUGCCAGGAGAACCGGCCUUCAACACUAGAAGAGCUGUUUCUGUUGUCGAAAGUGGCGAUCAAGUUCGCGUCAAUUGUUCAAACAAUCAGUUGACGAUGAGCUUGCCAACUGGGAGAUAGAAAGCCAGGCACUAAAAGCAUCUGCUAUUUGCAGUGGGAUCAGUAACCUUCAUUGUUGUAGCAGCAGGCCCAUUAGUGCCUAUAUAGUAAUCUUAGAUAUAAGAAAGGAUUUGUAGUAGAAGUUGAAUAUUACCAGGAAUGGGCAUUCCCCGUAAUCUUCAGAUAAACUCAGGAAGCCACCCCAUCUCACACAGCCUAGUCCCAUCAAGUCAUCAACAAACCAGUCUUAAAUUUAUACCUCACAAUCAAUUUUCUAUUUCCUGCCCUGCGUGUGGGACGGUUUGGAAAAAGAGAAAAGGAAGCAGAGCUGUCAGUAACUGAUGGGUCAGUUAGUCCAUUCUCUUGUUCCCACGUGUCAGUCCUUUUUUUAUUUAAAUUAAAUGCAAAAGGGCAGUAAAGUAAAAUUGCACUUACCCCUAUUUAUUGUUAACGCUGAUUUUGACCGGACCACAUCAGCGCCUCCUUCUCUCUCCUCGAAAAACCUUUAAUUUUCCUUUCCUUAAUCUUUAACGGACAAUUUCUAACUCGUUUUAAGUCGAAAUUUAAUUUUUUUGCACAAUUAGAUCAGAUUAAUUGUGCUCUUCAAAAUGAUAUCCACUUUGAUAUUUUUUGGACAUAAUUUUUUUUUCCAGUUAUUACCAGUAUAUACCAUCUGGUCUUAUUGACUGGUAUUAAAUAAGACCAAUACCAUAUGGUAUAGUGUGGUAAUAUCAGACAAUACCAUACAAUACCAUAUGGUAUAGUGUGGUAAUAUCAAUAUAUAUUUCAUUACCACCAAUACCAUACAUUACCAUAUGGUAUAGUGUGGUAAUAUCAAUAUAUAUUUCGUUACCACCCAAUACCAUAUGAUAUAGAGUCAUAAUAUCACUAUAUAUUAUCUCAAAGGAAAUAAACAGAAGAAUGGAGAGAAAAAAAAUCGUCUUUUAUCGCCUCUCAUUUCCUCUUCCGCAAUCAAGAACAUCAAAAUGUCAAAAAAAUGAGAAAGAUCGGAAUUGAGGCCAACAAGUUGAUGAAGAGAAGAAAUGCAAUGCAAGAGAGUGGCUGCAAUUUUUAUUCGUCAAUUACUAGAUAAAAAAAUGAAAAAGAAGAGAAUGAAGCUGAUUUAGAUAUGAAAAAGAGAGAAGGAAUAGAGAAAGAGAAAGAAUUUGAAAAGGAGAUUGUGAGAGGAAAAGGAGGAGAGAAGAAAGAAAUAAAUGAGGGUUGCAGAGUUCUCUCUCAUUUUUUUUAAAAAGUAGUCAUUAAAUGCAGGAUAAAAUAAAAAAAUAAUUAAUAUUGAAACAGACAAAAAUAUCCUUUCCCAUUCCAUGUCCAGCCCCAUCGCAAGAUUGCUCCAUCCCUAGAUCUACGGUCCCCAUUUAUUACUGACAGAUCAGUAACCAAGUGGUUACUGACUCUAUCCCAAGCCGGAAGGAAGGAAGAAAACUGCAAAGUUGACAAGUCUAGGUUAUAGAGUAGAGGUUUCAUUAAGAGCGAUGAAUCGAUGCUCCCAAGUUGGAAACUUUCAUUGCUUCCAUGUUCUCCUACACUAUCAUUGUACUAUUAGUUAGCCUCUCACGUUUGUCCUUCAUUUCCAUCCACGAAUUCUUUCCAUUCCCGCCAUGGCCACACUCUGCAUCAAUCUCCCGCUUCUCAUCCUCGCAACAGCUUUCUUCGUUCUAUGGCAAUCCGUGAUAGAAACAUCAUUAUUAGGUGUAGACAUUGCUUUUUGUUCGGACAAAACAUAUUUAAUUAAAUAAAUGUUAGUUUUUGUUUAAAGUUAACAAUAACAAAUUUUAAACACACUACUAACUGAAAUCGUAUUUGCAGUGCUUGAGUUGGGUUUUGUUUCCCAUUAGCAUUGAGAUAGCAAUAGCAAAUCUCUACGAAUUAGACUUGUGUUCAAUGUUGGUUGUGAUAGAAGUUGAUCGUUUGCUUGACAUAUGAGAUUGUGAGGUUGGAUUUUGAUUACUAAUUAAUUAAAGUCUAAAGAAAGAAAUAACAAUUUCAUUUAAGACAAUUACAAUAAAGUAACUACAUAAUUAGAACAAUCAAUAAUUACAAUUUUACAAUUAAGCUCAAACCUGCCCAAGUUAAAAGAUGCCAAUCAAGCCUAGUCAGCCACAUGAGGCUCGUAUCUUGGUCAAGCCCAGUCAACAAGUCAGGCCCAAACCCAAUUGCAACAGACUGACCCAACUAAAUUCGGACCAAGCCUAACAUUGGUCUAGCUAGACUGGUCGAACCAGACCAGGCCCAGCCCAUUCACCAUCCAAUCAGAAAAAUACACUAACCUACUCUAUUCUGGCGCUACAGUACAUUAUUUUACUAUAAAAACAGAGGGACAGGGAGCUUCCUUGGGGACACUUCCUUCCCCUCAAUAAAGCAGAGACGCCUCUGCUCAGAACCAAAAUUUAGACACCUUUUCUUCUUUUACUUCUUCUUCUUCCUCCUCAGGAGCUGUAGAAAAAAACAGAGAAAAGAGGGAGUUCUGCUUCUUCUUCCUCACGCCUCUACUCCCUCAAAGACAAACUUUCUUUCCGCGGUUUCUUCUUAGGCUCCUCCUCUUCAAAGAAAACACUCUACAAAAUAAAAGAAGCUUCAAUAGUCCAUACUCUUUCUUCUCGGUGGCUGGUACAAAGAAAAACAACAUAAAAAACUAUUUUCCUUUACAAACUGAAACAGAGAGCUCCCCUUCCUUUCCUCACGAAGCAACAAAAAUAAAACACAGCCAAAAGAGAACAAAAAGGAGAGCAAAGACAAGAAGAGCUAAAAAGAUUACAAGACAACAACAAGAAAUUGGAGGAAAGCAUUUCAACCCAUUCCAAACAUCAAGCAAAAGGUUGGUAAGCAAACAACUUAACCAUCUUUAGAUUCAAUCAUCGCCAUACAUAAUCAUCUCACUUCUACCUUUCUUAACAAGCUUUAAGAGGAAAUUAUAAGUGGUUACCUCCAAGCAAAUUACAAGUCCAUCUAAACACCUUAAGAGGAUCAUAUCUGAAUCUCUUUUCCUUUCAAACACUCAACAUCAUUGUAAUCCAACUACUUACUACAAUCAUCAUUAUUGUACUUAUUUUUCUCCUAAAUUCUAAGUUUAUAAACUUAAUAGCAUACAAGUAUUUUCAUUCAAGAUGACUUUCUUUCUGUUAAGACAACCAACUCAUAGUUAUAUAUAUUAUUUCUACAGUUACUAAUCUACUAAUAACUGUAUAAGUAUAACCAUAUGGUUCAUCCAUCUUCUCGAUUAAACUUCAUUCAAUGUAAUCUUUUUAUCUAACACUUCCAUAAUAAAAACAGAAAACAUAU